AUGUUUUCAACAUUAAUAAAAAGGAAUCAAUUAUCAUAUAACUACUCUUCAAAUUUUACAAGUCAUUUUUUUAAUUUACCCAAAAAAACAAUCUUAUCAAAAUUUAAUUUAAAUCUAUAUUCCACAAAAUCACCAACAACUAAAAAUAAACAACAAAAUAAUAAUAAUAAUAAUAAUAAUAAUAAUAAUAAUAAUAAUAAUAAUAAUAAUAAUAAUAAUAAUAAUAAUAAUAAUUUAAAUAAUAAUAAUGAUAAUAUAAAUAAUAAUGAUAAUAAUAAUAAUAAUAAUAAUAAAGAAUUAAGAAAUCAUUAUUAUUCAAAUGGAUUAAUUAAAUCUAAUUUUUUAAUAAAUUUACUUAAAACUAAAAGAGUAACAUUCAUUAUGGUUUAUUCAUGGAUUGCAACACAAAUACCAACAGAGAUUUUACAUUAUGUCAAUAUGGUUGUAAUACCAAUUUGUGGAUAUUUAGUAUAUGACUUUUAUAGAAUAAAUCUUGCAAGAACCAAAUUCUAUGAACUUACUUUAAUAGAACUUAUAAAUCAUCGUGAUAAAAUUGAAAAAGCUAUUCAACAACCAUUUCAAAUACCGUCAUUGAAAGAUUGCAAAUUUGAAAUCAAUGGUCCCCUAACUGAUACUAUUAAAUCCAUUAAAUGUCAAUUUGAAAUCCAAUUAAAUCCAGAUACCAACAACAACAACAGCGCCAACAAUGAAAAUACACCAAACAUUGCAAAAUUUGAAGCAAUUAGUCAAUUUCAUUCUAUAAAAUCAGUAUUUGAAUUGGGUAAAAAGAAAUCAUUAAAUGAAAAUUUUUUUAUUAGAUCUUUAAAUAUAAAUAUAGAACCAAAAAAUAAAAACUUUAAGAUAUUUGAAAAUCUUUAA